UAAGUGGGGGAAUUUUCGUAACACUCUUUAUAAGAACGUUCUUUGUACAAUUCAGACUGUUUCUAAACUGCUUCAGAUGCUGUCUUACCCGACAACACUUCUUCAUUACCUGUGAUGAAGAGCACAAUGGACUUUGAAUAGCACUGCAUCUUGAACUGCAGUAUUCUUCACCAAGCUUUGUGCACUACUUCUUAUCUCCAGCAAUGAUCCCAACAUCACUGGAUUUAAUGUUUUGUUUUAACCACAGGAAGAGCACAAUGGACUUUGAAUAGCACUGCAUCUUGAACUGCAUUUUGGUCUAUAAUCCACAGCUCAGGUUAUGGCAUCAGAAAAUCUACUGCUAUCAAGAUUGCUUGAUUUGAUCAGAUAUGGACAGUGGAGUAAGGAUGACGUUGUGGAUUUGUUCACUGCUCUUGUGAAGCAAUACCAUGCCAGGGCAGUAAAGACUGAUUUCUACAUAUGGAUGGCAAAAAUACUUUACCAAGUAGAAAUUCACAAGCUCAACAAGUCAGAUUUAUCAUCUAACAUUGAAACAAAACAGUUUGUGGAUGACAUUGAAAUUAGAAUUAAUGACUUGGUGAAAGAAACAAAAGAGAAAAGCCUUGACAUUAUUCUUAAGGAAAUUCAAGCAGAAGGAGACAUUGAUCGGAAUAUUUUAGAUCAAGUUAAAGACAUUGUGUUGUCUGUGUCCUCACCAUCACCAUGUCCUGUUUCAACACCUCUGCACAGUAUAAAGGAGCAAUUAGUGAAACUAUGUAAAGCAGUAGAAGAUACCAGAAAAUGGAAACCAAGGUUGACUCAGAUGGUGAGCUGGUGCAUUAUGGUUCUUUCUCGCUCUAGCCAGUUAAUCCAAGUUGGCACAGGAGAAGGAAAGUCAUGUAUAGUGGCCAUGUUUGCUGCAUACUGUGCCUUGACUGGAAAAAGUGUGGACAUUAUCUCCAGUUCCCCUGUGCUUGCAGAGCGAGAUGCUGCAGAGUGGCGUUCAUUUUAUGAAAAACUGAAAAUCACUGUGGAUUCCAAUACAAAUAAAUUUAAAGUUGAAGACCUGAGGAAGUGUUACUUAUGUCAAGUGGUAUAUGGCACAACUGAGAGUUUUGCAGGAGACUGGUUAAGACAGAAGUUCCAAAGAGAAAAUGUGAGAUCUCAAAGACAGUUUCAAUAUGCCAUAGUAGAUGAGGUAGACUCGCUCAUGUUGGACAAAGGUCUAGAAGUUGUCUACUUAAACAGUGAGAUGCCUGUCAUGGAGCCUCUAAAUUUAAUCUUAGCUAAGAUUUGGUUUGUUGUCAACCACUCUGAAGGUCUUGAUUUAGAGAAUACGCUUGAUCUCAUUCGUUCCUCUCUAAUGGCAGAGGAUUCAGACAUACUGCCAUCACAUACAUUUUUAGAGAGCCCUGCAGAUACAUCAAAGCUGGAGUAUGAUGAAUUCCACAUUCCAGGCUUUCUAGAGCACAUAAACGGAAGGCUAAAAAUAUGGGUUGAAAAUGCAUUUCUUGCCAAAACUAUGACUUUAGGGCAUGAAUACAUUCUACAUAAGGAUGGUGUAGUUCCUGUAGAUUACAGCUCUACAGGAGUCGUGCAAAAUCAAAUGAAAUGGGGAGAUGGACUUCAGCAAUUCCUUGAAAUGAAGCACCAAACCAAGCUGUCAAAUAUGUGCAUGAUAACAAAUUUCAAGUCCAAUGUAGGUUUAUUCAAGAGUUAUGAACGGAUUCAUGGGCUCACAGGAACUUUGGGGAACCAAACUGAACUUGAUUUACUGCAGAAACUGUACACCGACAUUAAAACAUGCAAAAUUCCACCAUUCAAACGCAGAAAACUUUACGAGAAGGAUGGCAUUGUAAUUAAUGAUGAAAAUGGGUGGGUACAAACAAUUUGUAAGGUUGUUAAUAAGAAAGUGAACCCCACAGUCUAUCGAGGUUCAAGAGCAGUCUUAGUCAUCUGUGAAACAAUUAAACGAGCACAAAUUGUCCACGAUGCACUAUCAAAAACCAUUUCAACAGACAAAUUGAAACUGUACACAAAUAACAAUAUGGACAAUUCUAAGGUUACAGGUGAAGAGGUCACUGAAGGUUGUGUCAUUGUUGCAACCAAUCUGGCUGGUCGUGGGACAGACCUCAAAGUCUGUGCAAAAGUAAAUGUGUCAGGGGGUUUGUUUGUAGUGCAGACUUUCUUGCCCCUUAAUAUCCGUGUGGAGAAACAAGCCUUUGGUCGAACUGCACGACAAGGAAACCCUGGUUCUGCCCAGCUCAUCAUGUGCUCCACUCACUUCUCGAAAUCAGUCAAACUGAUAUUGGUGCUAAACUCACCUCUCUCUAGGUUACUUACUCUUCUCAAGCAUUUAAAAACCACUGUAGCUGUGUCAGUGUUCAUUGAGAAUAACUUUGAAGAGACCCUCAAAAUCUGUCAGGAAAACCCCAAUGAAAAGAACUAUGAGGCAAUGGUGAAAGAACUCAGAGGCUUGCUAAACACUGAAAUGCCAAGUGGUUUAACUAACCUGGAGAUGGAAAAAGAGUCUAGAGAUUUAAUUGUGCAAACAAGAAUGUCACGGUUCCUUGAAGAUGACAUACCAAAAAUCACCAAAAAGGAGGAACUCUUUUCUGUAUAUCUUAAAAUGCUGGACACCAUUUACGAAGAGAAAAAGGAUGAUGACAUCAAUAAAGACAUUGUGUCUUCACUUCAUGAGUGCUGGGGUAUGUGGCUUCUGAUGAAGUUCAAUGAGAAUGAAUCAACAGAAACAUUAAAAAAACAGUUAUGGAAAGACUUGGAAAGGGCAAAGAAAAAACUGGAUUGUAAACAGUCCCCUUCCUCUAUGAUCUACCAUUAUGUAAGGACUGGCAACACCCUCCGUCACAAAGGAAACCUUGCAGACAGCAUUGAGAUGUACACAAGAGCUAUCGAAACCAAUCCUUGUUGGUCUGCCAUUGCUCUGUACAAUCGUGCACUGUCUAUUCUGUCAAAAGCAAAUAGAGGACAUAUUGCUCAGGCGUUGGCAGACCUGAAGAAAGCUGAGGAGGCAGUUGACUCCUACAUGAGAAAGUUGACAUUGACUCUGAUUUUUGUGGAAGGCUCCAGCAGAGAUCCCAACAUGAUGUCUGACACCUUGCUUUCCAAGCAAUUUAAAGCCAAGUGCCUGGCACAGCAAAUAUUUAAGUUAAAUAUCCAGCAAGCAAUAAACGUGUUGCAGAUAGCUGAAAGUCGAGGUUAUGAUGUGAAAAUAACAAAAUAUCCUAUGUUAUUCCUGAUGCUCAAGGCUGUUCUUUUAGGAGCAGGUGGAUUUAUUGAGGUGGGCCGAGAGAUAAUUAACCUCCACUCACUGGGACUGGACACCAUCUUCUCACUAGAAACUGUAUCUUCUUUUUUUAAACGUCUGCUUACAAUAUUCAGUUAAAUCCUCAGCUAAACUUUGAGAAACAGUACAGCAAAGAAAACAUAUCAGCAAAUAUCUGUCUGGCAUCCAGGAGGGAAGGAUUGAUGUUUACUGAAGUGCUGAAUUAGAUAUGCUCUCAUUAAAUAUAUAAGCUCCUAAAUAUACCAACACAUUUAUUAAAUAUAUUUUUAUGAUCAUUUUUGUCCUCUCACUGUGAUUACUGUAUAUCAAAGUGUCAAACAUUGGCACUGGACUUAAUAAUGCUCCUUGCUCAAGCCAAUAUGGCACAAGAAAAUGGGUUUAAAGGUCAGAAUUGCACAUAACUGAGAUACAAGUCUAUCUUAAGCAAACUCCAACUGUCAUGCAACUUCCUAAUAGUCUAUAGUUACAUCUGAGGUCUGAAUACCAAUGUGCACAAUUUUGGUAUUAACUCCUCACAGUAUAUUUUGCACAGUGCUGAAUAUUGCACCGUGCUUGUCGGGGAUAGGAUGUUUUAGACUGCUACGCUUACCUGUGAAGUGCCUCAAGGGUCCAUUCUUGACCCUAUUUUAUAUUCACUGGUUGUUGUUGUUGUUGUUGUUGUUUAAACUCAUUCCAUUUGAUGCCAGUAUAUUAGCCAAUCUAACUGUUUUCAGCCAUUGGACUUGCAUUGCAGCCUCACAGCUCAAGAGUCAUGGGUUCAAUCCAGAGCUCGGGUUAUGGUCUGCGCAGAGCCUACGAACAUUCUCAAGUUUCUUCUGACUGUCCAAAAACAUAUGGAUAGGUAUAUGUGCUCUGCUAACUUGCCCCUAAUUGUGUGUGUGUGUGUGUGUGUGUGUGUGUGUAUGGUGCCCUCUGAUGGACUGGCAUCUUCUGCUGUGAAUUCUCCCAAUUUGCACCAAGUGUUGCUGGCCCAGCUUAAGAUUCAUCAUGACUCUGACCAGGAUAAAGCACUUACUGAAGAUGGAUAUUAAAAUUUAUCCUUUCUUGAUAUGAAGAAACCCAUUCAUGCAUUUGUAUCAUGGUGUAUGGACUAUUGCUAUUUUUGUUUGUUUGUUUGUUUGUUUAACUUGACUUAGACAAAGAGCUCUGGCCUGUCUUAUACUGUAUUAAUCCAAAACAUAUCACCUGGAGGUUUGUUCUGCAAUGAAUUCCAAACAUUUUCAUCAUCAGCAUCAUCACUAGGUGCAGAUUCCUCUGGUAGGAUUGCAACAUUGGUCUAUAUAUGCAAUGAAGUUCAAUUAAGAAGUCCUGAAGUGUAAUUGUAGCUUAUCUUUCUUUUAGAAGUGUGUUAUUCAUCAUUGUGUCUGAAAUGCAACCAAAUUUGCUUUGUCUAUUAAUAAUAUAUUACUUGUCAGCCCUGUGAUGACCUGGCGACUUGUCCAGGGUGUACCCCGCCUCUCACCCAUAGUCAGCUGGGAUAGGCUCCAGCUUGCCUGCGACCCUGUAGAACAGGAUAAGCGGCUACAGAUAAUGGAUGGAUGGAUAAUAUAUUACUGUAGAAAACCUGUCCUUAUUAUCACACAGCUCAUUUUCACAGAGACAACCCACUAGUUAUUAAUUAUUGACUUACACUGACAAAUAAUUGACUUAUAUUGAUGGUGCAUAAUAUAUAUAUAUAUAUAUUUUUUUUUUUGACACACAACGGUUAAUGGGAUAUUAGUCUAUCAGCUUUACACACCUGAAUCCUGAUAUUUUUGCCCAUGUCUUUUGCCAAAACAUCCCAUGGUCAAUGUUUUGAAUAAAGACUGAUGGCAAAUAACAAUUUCUUGCCACAGAUUAUCAAUCAGGGCGUUGUAUGGGCCAUUCUGACACAUUCAGGUUCAUGGUUUUGAGCCACUCCACUGUAACCUUGGCAGUAUGUUGUUGGAAGGUGACUCUGUCCUAGUCUCAAGUCUCUUGUUUUUUCUAUAAUCACCCAGUAUAUAGCUUCAUCCAUUUUGCCCUCAGCCUUGACCAGAUUCUCAGUCCUUGCUGAUGAAAAACAUCCCCACAACCUGAUGCUCCCACCCUCAUGCUUCACUAUGGAGAUGGUGUUGGGUUUGGUCUCAACAGACCAACCCUUUUCCCAGGUUCUUUGUGUGUGGAGUCUCAAACAUGCCUUUUAGAACAUUCCUAUUGCUCAUACCUCUUUUCACCACUCUUCCAUAAAACUCAGCUUUGUGAAGUGAUUGAACCCUGAUUGAUAAUCUUCCAAAACUUAUUUUUAUAGCUCCUUGUCUUCAUGAUGCUGGUUGUUUUUAUCUGUUCUCCAACCACUAUGGGGCUUUCCAUGAUAUGACACUUUACAACAUUUAUAUUGAGCCGUGACAUUAUAGUACUUAUUUGUAAAUACAUUUUGCAAACUAUGUUAUAUUGACCCAUCCAAUUGUUGAAUUUGAGGCCUAGUAACACAAAUUGUG